AGGCUUACAACGAGUGCUCACACUUUGAGCGGGUAGCAAACGUAAGCGAGCUGUUUCCUCCACAGCUAAACAUUCACUUUUGGAAACAUUUCUGUGUUUUAAGUCGUCACACGUGGGUGAGCGUCGAACGGCAGACAAGAGCGAAAGGGACAAAAUGAACAGUCGACUGCAGGAAAUCCGGGAGCGACAAAAACUGAGGCGGCAGCUUCUCGCUCAGCAGCUGGGAGCUGAGAGUGCAGACAGCAUCGGGGCUGUGCUGAACAGUAAAGAUGAACUCAAGGAGAUAGAAGAGACCAGAGAAACAUGCAGGGCGUCGUUGGAUCAAUCCGCUCCACCGUCCAAAAAGAAGGCCCUGGCGGAGGGAGAUGACAUCGAGGAAGAUGUGGAGGAACAAAAAGAUGAGGUGGAGGUGCAGCAGCCGGAGGAAAGUAACCCAUAUGAGGAAGUAUACAAGGACUCAAGUACUUUCCUAAAGGGUACCCAGAGUUUAAACCCUCACAAUGAUUAUUGUCAACACUUUGUGGACACGGGUCACAGGCCACAGAACUUCAUUCGAGAUGUCGGCUUGGCGGACCGUUUUGAGGAGUACCCCAAACUACGAGAGCUGAUCCGCCUGAAGGACGAGCUCAUCUCCAGCACUAACACCCCUCCUAUGUACCUGCAGGCCGACCCAGGGCACUUUGACCUCCAGAAUUUGAAAAGCGAGUUUGAUGUCAUCCUCCUUGAGCCUCCUUUAGAGGAAUACUACAGAGAAUCAGGCAUUAGCCACACACAGCGCUUCUGGACCUGGGAUGAUAUCAUGAAGCUGGAGAUUGAGGAGAUCUCUGCCCUCCGUUCCUUUGUCUUCCUCUGGUGUGGCUCAGGUGAAGGCCUGGACCUAGGAAGAAUGUGUUUAAGGAAAUGGGGCUUCAGGCGCUGUGAAGAUAUCUGCUGGAUCAAGACCAACAAGAAUAACCCGGGAAAGACCAAGGCUCUGGACCCAAAAGCAGUAUUUCAGAGGACCAAGGAGCACUGCCUGAUGGGAAUCAAAGGAACGGUGAGGAGAAGCAUGGACGGCGACUUCAUCCAUGCUAACGUGGACAUCGACUUGAUCAUCACGGAGGAGCCCGAGAUGGGGAACGUGGAGAAGCCCGUGGAGAUCUUCCACAUCAUCGAACACUUUUGUUUGGGCCGCAGGAGGCUGCACCUGUUUGGACAGGACUCUACCAUCAGACCAGGCUGGCUGACCGUGGGACCCACUCUGACCAACAGCAACUUCAACCCUGAGACCUACGCCGCACAUUUCGCUUUGCCCGACUCCUACUUGUCUGGCUGCACCGAGGAAAUAGAGCGCAUGCGGCCCAAGUCGCCGCCUUCUAAGAUGAAGUCGGACCGUGGCGGCGGGGCGGCGAGAGGGGGGCGCGGCGGUCUGAACGCCGGGAGGGGUGGAGAGAGAGGCCGCGAAAGAAACCGACCCAAUUUCCGCGGCGACAGGGGCGGCUUCCGGGGACGUGGAGGACCACAUCGAGGUUUUCCCCCACGCUAGCGCCACAUUUGUAACCAAGGAAAAGAUCAGGUAGUCACUUCAGUCUACUCUGACUUUACUCUUGAUCAACUCCAAUUAAACUUCAGUCUACUCUGACUCUACUCUUGAUCAACUCCAAUUAAACUUCAGUCUACUCUGACUCUACUCUUGACCAACUCCAAUUAAACUUCAGUCUACUCUGACUCUACUCUUGAUCAACUCCAAUUAAACUUCAGUCUACUCUGACUCUACUCUUGACCAACUCCAAUUAAACUUCAGUCUACUCUGACUACUCUUGAUCAACUCCAAUUAAACUUCAGUCUACUCUGACUCUACUCUUGAUCAACUCCAAUUAAACUUCAGUCUACUCUGACUCUACUCUUGAUCAUCUCCAAUUAAACUUCAGUCUACUCUGACUCUACUCUUGAUCAACUCCAAUUAAACUUCAGUCUACUCUGACUACUCUUGAUCAACUCCAAUUAAACUUCAGUCUACUCUGACUCUACUCUUGAUCAACUCCAAUUAAACUUCAGUCUACUCUGACUACUCUUGAUCAACUCCAAUUAAACAUCAGUCUACUCUGACUCUACUCUUGAUCAACUCCAAUUAAACUUCAGUCUACUCUGACUCUACUCUUGAUCAUCUCCAAUUAAACUUCAGUCUACUCUGACUCUACUCUUGAUCAACUCCAAUUAAACUUCAGUCUACUCUGACUCUACUCUUGAUCAACUCCAAUUAAAGGGGCUGUUUACAACAUUUACAUACACGCUAACUUCCCCAAAUAUUUGGCACACUAUAUCCCGCCCUCCGCCCUUACACGGCUUAUAGGACGUAAUAAAGUACCCUACGUACCAGGAGUGUGAAUCUUUGGGCACGUAACAACUUGAUCUGAUUCACAUUCUUGGGGUGAAUAUUCAAUUUAGAAUCGAUUCUCAUUUCAACACGAUUCUUGCAAUGUGUUAUUUGGUAUAAUAUUUAUAAUGAACCUUUUUAAAAAAAAAACAUGUCACAGGUUAAACCAGCUCCUUCUGGUUGCAUAAAGAUGGAAGAAAUAACAUAUUUUUUUAAAAUGUAUUCUUAUUAAAAAAUUCACAUUUUUUUCCAGACUAUAGAGCAAAGCGCUAUAUCAGCCGCACCUAGAACAUUUUCAAAGAAAACAAUAGUUUUCCAUGUGUUAGCCGCACCGGACUAUAAGCUGCAGAUAUAUACGCUGUGAAAUUAUUAUUUACACAGAAAUAUUAUAAAUAUGAUUAUUUACAUACCUUCAUUGUUUCCUAACGGUGUCUGCAACAUGGCAGUAAAACGGAUGAUCAAACAAAACAGAAGUCAUGGUCAUGGACCCACUUGCUGCGCAAGCUAGCUCUCCCUCAGCUAAACAGACUCAUUAACUCCACGGUGACAUUUUGGUGAAUUUACAAAACUAAAACAAUACAAAAUGAAGGGCGUUGUAAUGUGUAACAUGUUAGUAUAUUAGCUAAUGCUAACAAUGUUUGCUUGAUUACAGGUAGAAAUAUGCAUGAAAACACUCCUACAGACAUCACACAUGGGACAGUUUAGUAAGUAAGAAUAGUUUUAGUUGUAAAACUUUCAAAUGAAUGAAGAAUCCAUACGAGUAAAAAUGCUAUGGACGACGAGAAGACGGAAGGGCGCUUGUACUUCCGGUCGAAUGCUCAGUCUAAACAGAAGGGCAAUGCAGCACCUGCAGUGAACAAACUCGUCAAAAGAUGGCGCCGUAGCACAAGCAAAAACACACUUUGUCAGUGUCUUUGCUUGUUUUUUUGUUUUUUUAACUAUUUGCAUCGUGGCCGUCAGCAAAGAAAAAAACAGCAAUUAGCCGCAAAGUUUUGUAAGCCGCAGGGUUCAAAGCUUAGGAAAAAAGUAGCGGCUUAUUGUGCGGAAUGUAUUUUUAUUUUUUGGAAAAUUAUAAACCAAUUUAGAAUCGGGAUGAAUAAGAAUCGCGAUUCGGAUGUGAAUUGAUUUUUUAUUUUUUUAGUGCAGCCCGACUAGGUACGUACAUAGCACGUGCACGUGCAUGUGUUAUGUACGUACACAACACAUGCACAUACAUGUGUUAGGUACGUACAUAACACAUGUACAUACAUGAGCUUUAGGUGUUUGCUAUUAGUAGCCAUUUGGAUAGUUAGCUGUCAUUGAAUGUAUAUUCUAUCAUAACAACAUGGCUGCAUAGUCUUAGUAAUAGUCAUAAUGUAUAUUCUAUCAUAACAACAUGGCUGUAUAGUCCUAGUAAUAGUCAUAAUGUAUAUUCUAUCAUAACAACAUGGCUGAAUAGUCUUGGACAGCUUUUGUGUGACCAGUCUGGAUGAGUAAAACCAAUCAUUUUAUUUGGGACGGUAAAACAUUUUUUUAUGACAUACUCUUAGUCAUUCUGAAAAAUAUAGAAAAUUGUAAAAACAAAUGUGUGCCAUUACACCACUAAUGGUGUUCUUGUUAUAUGUGAUAAAUGUAACUGUGAGGAAGUUGCAGACAGCCCCUUUAAGGCCCCCCCCCCCCCCCCCCCCGGCAAUAUUGUUCAACUGUCAGUCAUGUUUAUCCAGCACAGUCUACUGUCGUCAUAUCAUUGGAUUUCUUUUCUAUUUUUUUUUUUUUUUUUUUUAUACAUCUAAAAAGAGACUAUUUUUCGGGCAAAAUAUGUUGGAAUCCCAAAAGCUGACGUAGAAAUAAUAAAAGAAGUUGGGAUUCGAUGGCAACUCAACACAGAAAGGAGCUCCCACUUUGUAAUAAGCAACAGUUUGUCCUAAUAAACCUUUUCUUCAUUUGCA